GUUUCAUCUGCAAAAUUUGAAGCAGAAAAUUUUAAAACUUAGCAUAAAAUUAAAAUUUUUUAAAAUCUGAUGGAUAGAAAAAUAAUCUCUAACUAGUGUUCACAUAAUAUCAAGCUAGGAUAUGAUAAAAGGUGAAAAGAAGAUACUCUUCAAAUUAUUAAAUUGCCUUUUAUUUUUCUUAUUAAAGACAAUAAUUGAGCUUUAUGCUGCAUGAACUUAUUCUUUUACACCUCAGAGACCUCAGAUAUUGUGUAGAUGUUUCUUCUUCUGUAAAGUAAAUAACCACACAAUAACUGUAGUAUUUCAGAAUGACAAUAAGUAAUGCAUUUCAGUGUUUAACUACAUGAAACUGCCUCAGGUGUUACCAUUAUGCAAAACUCUUGAAAAUCUUGGAUAACUGUUCAAUAAUUGGCACUUUGACCCACUACCAAGACUGAGAAGGAAAUAAAAUUCUAAGUGAAAAAGAGAGAGGUCACAAUUGCAGAUCAUAAAAAAAACAUGGGUGUGGCUUGGCUAACCACAAAGCACCACAUAGUUUGGUUUUCUAGGGACUUCAGCUUGGGAAAACUGUAGAUUACAGAGAGAGAUGGCUACAGGAGGCAUAUCCUUAGGAAGUGUUUGGAUGCAGUAAAAGAAACAUAUUCACAAAUUCAAAUUUUCAGAAGAAAUCAUUCAAAAAAAAAAAAAAAAAAAAAAAAGACCAAAAAAGCCAAAAUCAGUGAGAAGCAAAAAUUUUGAUAAAAUGUUGGGGAUUACUGAAAUUUUUAUAGCUCUAGUAGUGUGUCUCCUGAUUUUGCAGUUCCUCAAGCUGCAAUGGAUGCGUACCCAGCUUCCUCCAGGACCAGUUCCCCUCCCCAUCAUCGGAAAUUUGUGGCUGCUGGACUUCAAACUCCGCCGAGAAACUCUCAGUAAGUUAACCAACAUCUACGGAAACAUCUACACACUGUGGAUGGGAGAGACACCUCUGGUUGUGCUGAAUGGAUACAAAGCAGUAAAAGAUGGCAUUGUCACCCACUCAGAAGAAGUUUCUGGAAGACCUCUCACCCCUUUCUACAGGGAUAUGAUGGGCGAGAAAGGUAUUUUCCUGACAAAUGGCCACACCUGGAAGCAGCAGAGACGCUUUGGCAUGACAAUUAUAAGAAGUCUGGCACUUGGUAAGAACAAUUUGGAGCAUCAAAUUCAAAGAGAGGCCUGUCACCUUGUGGAUAUCUUCACAAAUACAGAAGGCAAACCUUUUGACCCCCACAAUUCCAUCGUCCAUGCAAUUGCAAGUAUCAUUUGUGCUGUUGUUUUCGGUCAUUGCUUCUCCAGUGAGGAUGAAUCUUUCAGCAAACUCAUCAAAGCUAUUUAUUCUGUGAUCUACUUUCAAGGUACUAUCUGGGGCAGGCUGUAUGAUGCUUUCCCAUGGCUCAUGCACCAUCUCCCAGGGCCUCAUCAGGAGGUGUUUGCAUACAAUGACUUCAUGCACAGAUUAGUCAUGGAGGAGGUUCAGGGCCAUGAAAGACAGAACACAGGUGAUCCACAGGAUCUCAUUGACUUCUACCUGGCUCAAAUAACAAAAACCAAGAACGACCCUACUUCUACAUUCAAUAAAGAAAAUAUGGUUCAGACUGUGGUUGAUCUUUUGCUAGGAGGGACAGAAACAACAAGCACCACCCUUCUCUGGGCCCUGCUCUACAUGGUACAAUACCCAGAUAUACAAGAAAAGGUUCAAAGAGAGAUAGAGGCUGUUCUGGAACCCUCCCAUGUCAUCAGCUAUGAGGACCGUAAGCAGCUGCCCUACACAAACGCUGUGAUCCAUGAGGCUCUGCGCUACAGCAACGUCACCUCCGUCGGGGUCCCUCGACAGUGCCUGAGGAGCACAACUCUGCUGGGUUUUCACAUUAAAAAGGGCACGCUUGUGUUGCCAAAUCUGCACUCUGUGGUCUAUGACACUGAGCACUGGGCAACCCCUUGGAAGUUCAACCCAGAUCAUUUCCUAGACUUGGAUGGCAACUUUGUGAACAAAGAGGCAUUCUUACCUUUCUCAGCAGGGCAUCGUGUAUGUUUGGGGGAACGGAUGGCACGAGUUGAACUGUUCAUCUUCUUUACCAAUCUCCUUCGGGCAUUUACAUUCCAGCUCCCUGAGGGGGUGAAGGAAAUCAAUCUGGAGUACAUUUUGGGUGCAAUACUGCAGCCACACCCAUAUAAACUCUGUGCUAUUCCACGCUAG